AUGCAGCAUCUUUUUGGACCUCGUCGAUAUCAAACCGCCGCCGUCGCCGUCUUCUUCUUCGUCUCCGACAGGAGGAGCGGCCGAAAACCUCGGGAGGAGCUGGCUAACCUGGAUCAGCUGGAGGGCGGGUUCGCCUCCAUGCGCGGGCACGGGACUGAGGAGCAGCGCAACAAGUUCCUCGUGCUCCACAUCUACAAGGCACUCAACAACCGCGACCACGCCACCGUCCACUCCCUCCUCGCGUCGGACCUCGAGUGGUGGUUCCAUGGCCCGCCCGCGCACCAGCACAUGAUGCGCCUCCUCACCGGCAACGAGCCGGGCGCAGCCACGGCCACGACAGCGAGUCGGGCGCGUCCACGGUCACCGGGAGCUGAUGGUGGGCACGAUGGGCAGUGA